ACACGCAUCUCUCUCUCACUGUCAUCUCUCUCGCUCGCUAAUUUGCAAUUUCCGUUGAAUAUCAAUCCGAUAUAACAUUCUCGUCUCUCACAAACCCUAAUCUCGGAUCCCAAUCCCUGAUCGUCCGAAAUGGCCGAGGAGUUCUCCAAAGCCGUGGAUGACGGUCUCAAGCUCUCCAAACGACUAUACUUUGGGAAGGAUCAAGCGGUGUCGCCGCCCAAGCCGCCGCUGUCGAUGGACAAAACGACAUCGGGCGCCUUCCUACCGACGGCACCGAUGGUUUACGCGGUCAUUUUUGACCCGGCCAUCGUCGACAACCCGGACAUCCCCAGCUACCAGCCUCACGUGCACGGCAGGUGCGACCCCGCCGCGCUCAUUCCUCUCCCGAUGAACCGGGUCGAGCUUGAGGUCGAUUGUUAUAUGGACACCGCCUUUAUUCGGGUCACCGGGUCGUGGAGGGUCCAUUGCGUCAAGGGUAACAAGAGCUGCGGUUGCCGCGUUGCCAUUCCUAUGGGUGAACAGGGUUCAAUUCUAGGUGUUGAGGUCGACGUAAAUGGUAAAUCGUACCAUACUCAACUAAGCCAAUUGGAAGAUGAAAAGGAGAUAGAGAAGAUGGCCCAAGCAGAGGGAGGCUUUCUCAAACUCAAACCUCAUAUAUUUACAUUAACAACACCUCAGGUCAAUGGGGGAGCCAAUCUCUCAAUCACAAUGAGUUGGUCUCAGAAAAUACUGUAUGCAAAUGGCGAUUUCUCUUUGAAUAUUCCAUUCACUUUUCCUGAGUUUGUGGUUCCCGCGGGAAAGAAAUACCUUAAAAAGGAAAAGAUCCACUUAAACGUGAACUCUGGUAUUGGAACUGAAGUUCUAUCCAAGAGAAUUAGUCAUCCUUUGAAGGAAUUACGGGGAGGCCAAGCAGGAAAAUUGGGUUUUGUAUAUGGGGCAGAUGUUCUCACUUGGUCAAACACUGACUUUAGUUUCUCAUAUGCGGUCUCUUCAAGUCAUAUACAUGGUGCUGUUCUCAUGCAGUCACCGCCCAUGCAUGAUGUUGAUCAAAGAGAGAUUUUCUCUGUCUAUCUUCUACCAGGAAACCAGAAGAACAGAAAGGUUUUCAGAAAGGAUGUAGCUUUUGUUGUUGAUAUAAGCAGAAGUAUGCAGGGAAAGCCUCUUGAUGAUACUAAGAGUGUACUAUCUGCAGCCCUCUCUAAGCUUGAUCCAGAAGAUUCAUUCUGCAUUAUAGCUUUUAAUGGACAGACUUUUGUGUCAUCUACAUCAAUGAAAUCAGCUACCAAGGAGGCUGUUGAAAAGGCCAUUGAGUGGAUUGGCAUAAAUCUUAUUGCUGGUGGUGAUACAGAUAUUUUGCCUCCACUUAACCAGGCAAUAGAGAUGCUAUCCAAUACUCGGGAUUCAAUUCCUAUCAUCUUCCUUGUUACCGAUGGGGCUGUUGAAGAUGAGAGACACAUUUGUGAUGUAAUGAAAAAGCGCCUUACAGAUGCAGGUUCUAUAGCUCCACGCAUUUGCACUUUUGGAAUAGGUUCAUUCUGCAACCAUUAUUUCCUGCGGAUGCUUGCAAUGAUUGGCAGGGGUCAUUAUGAUGCUGCGUAUGAUGUAGAUUUUGUCGAGUCUCGGAUGCAGAACUUAUUUAUCAGAGCUUCAUCUCUGAUUCUUACAAAUAUAACCCUUGAGACAUUGGAUGAUCUUGACGAAGUUGAGGUGUUCCCUUCCCAUAUUCCAGACCUCUCAUCUGAGAGUCCAUUAACUGUAUCUGGCAGAUUCCGAGGAAGUUUUCCCAACACGCUUAAAGCUAAAGGCCUCUCACCUGAUAUGUCUAGUAUUGUGAUCGAUUUGAAGUUACAAGAUGCAAAGGACAUACCUCUUGACAGGGUAUGUGCAAAAGGGCAGAUUGAGUUGCUGACUGCUCAGGCAUGGUUGGCAGAUAACAAACAGCUUGAGGACAAGGUAGCUAAAUUGAGCAUACAGUCCCAUGUUGUGAGUGAGUAUACGCGCAUGAUCAUACUUGGCAAAGAACAAUCUGGACCACAAGAGGCACCAAAGAAAGGCCGCAUCAAGAUGAAAGAUUCUGAAAGCCAGAGACCGAUAUUGCUACCAAGUCUGUCCAUUGGCUUUGGCAACUUAGUGGCAACUUCCGAGAACGUUCCUCCAGGAUCCGAAGAACCAAAACAGCCGGAAGCUGCUGAGAUUUUUGCCAGGGCAGCAUCAAAUUGCUGUGGCUCUAUGUGCACUCACUGCUGUUGCAUGGGCUGCAUCCAGUGUUUCUCCAGGAUAAGUCCUCAAUGUGCAAAUAUAUUUGCCCAGCUCUGCACUGGUCUAGCAUGUGCCGGCUGCCUCAACUGCUGCUGCUCCUUUUGCUGCCGUGGAUGCGGAGAUGGUGGAUCAUAAAUCUUGGCCAUACAAACUCUCCUCUCUUGUAGAAUAGUGUAUAGGAUUUUGCUCUUUCUCUUGGACUGGCGUCAAAUACGCACGGCUAGACAGCUAGUUCUAUACUCCGUCUUAUGAUUAGACAAACAAUUCAUACUGUUAUAAUGUUACUGUUUGGGCUUUUAUGACAGUCUGGGUGAACCCUGUACAUUUCACCAGGAAUGAUAUAUAUGGUUAAAAUUAAUUAUAUGUUAGCUUCUUUUUGAAAAAAAA